AUGAUAGUUGAACUUUAUUCAAAUAUCAUCGAAGUAAGAAGAUAUACUACUAAAGACUCCCUUUGCUCUAUAUUCGAGUCAGGCUCCACCAGUCAUUUCGAAAUUAACCAGUUACAGGUCAAAAGACUAAACUUACUGCAAAACCAAUUUGCUUCUGUUUUCACUUCUUUCCACCCCAAAGAUAAUACAAAGGGCAUACAUAUCAAUUUUUUUUCACCUGUCACUAGGAUAACUGACCUUCAAUAUUCCUUUUUUUAUACGAAUCAGAUACUGUUCGGUACACGAUAUCUAAUUAAAAUGAUUCAAAACUUUGUAACAGGUAAAGUUUUCACUAGAACCAAUCAAUCCAAGUGA